GAGAAGAAGAUAGUUCACUCCAAUCUACUUCCGCGUUGGUCCAAAUGCAGCUCUACAAGUACAUGUUUACCUUUCACUUGAAAAUGUGUUACUGAAAGAUUUGCAAUAUACUUAGUUACAACAAUUAACUUUUUAAAAGCUUGUUAAAGGCCUCCCCCUGGUCUACCGUAGUUCACAUUAAGCCGUUGCAUUGCUGGGGGACUCAAAGUACAGUUAACUGUCCGUUUCCAGUCAAAGAUCUGAUGCAUUCAUAAAACUGAGGUGCGCCAACUACUUCUAUUUUCUUCACCACGAUCGACUAAUUAAAAAUGUCUGGCAAUCCUGCUGUGGUUAUGCGGCUGGUGGCGUCCGCCUACUCAGUCGCUGAAAAGGCCGGGGCCAUAGUAAGGAACGUGCUUCACAGUAGAGAGCUUGGCAUUGUUGAAAAGACAGGAGCCAACGAUCUGCAGACUCUCGCAGACCGACUUGCACAGAAAAGCAUCUGUGCUUCGCUGUCCAGACGUUUCCCCAAGGUCACCAUCAUUGGAGAGGAGGAUCUCCCAUGUGAGGAGGUCCAGGAGGAUAUGAUUGAGAAUGGCCAGGCAGAGGAAAUCCUUCAGAAGAGCUGUCCAAAAGAGUAUGAAGCACUAAAAGAAGAAGAGCUAGUUGUUUGGGUUGAUCCCCUUGAUGGCACCAAAGAAUACACUGAAGCCUCAAGUUGUCUCCAUCUACAAGCUGUUGACCAGAAACCACACAAAGAGUUGGACAAGACUCACAGCACAGCUAUCCGGCUACUGGACAACGUGACAGUUCUUAUUGGCAUUGCAUAUGGAGGCAGAGCAAUUGCAGGCGUCAUCAACCAGCCAUUCUACAAUUACCAGCUUGGAUCAGGAGCUGUUUUGGGGAGAACAAUAUGGGGAGUUCUCGGAUUGGGUGCCUUCGGGUUCCAGCUGCAGGAAGUUCCAGCCGAUAAGCGAAUUGUCACCACCACCCGUUCCCACAGCAACAAGACGGUAACGGACUGCGUGAACGCCAUGGAGCCUCAUGACGUUAUAAGAGUCGGGGGUGCUGGAAACAAGAUAAUCCAGCUUAUUGAAGGGAAAGCAUCUGCUUAUGUGUUUGCCAGUCCAGGCUGCAAGAAAUGGGAUACAUGUGGUCCUGAGGCAAUCCUGCAUGCCGUCGGAGGAAAACUGACUGACAUGUUUGGGAAUCCUUACCAUUAUAAUGCAGAGAUAAAGCACAUGAACUCUGCUGGGGUUCUCGCUACACUACGCAACCAUGAUUACUACGUCAGCAGAGUGCCACAGUCUGUGCUGCAAGCGCUGAAGUCAGAUUGAGUUCGGUCAUGAUGUGCCUCUGGGGCAGAGAUGGUCUUGGUCUUUAUUUGUGUAUUAAAUUGCUAUGACACUGUUUAUUACUUGUUAUUGUUGCAGUAAUCUCAUUCUUUUUGACAAGUGUCAUUAUUUAAAUCAUAUAUUAAUUGUUAUUAACAAUUCAGCAGGAAAAGCUAGCCAUCUAACCAACCUGGCCUUAAGUGAAAAAGUAGCUGGUUCCAACAGCUGGUUGUGGAACAGUUAUAGCAAGAACCUCCAUCAUAUGUUUGCAGUAAUUUGGCAAUUUAUCUUUUAUAUUUUGGUGAGGGAAUCUUAGCUGGACAAAACAUACUGACUUCACUCCUGUGACUAAAACUUUUUUUUUUCUGAUGGCAUUAUUAUUGCCUGAGAAAAUAUAUUUUUGUAAUAUGUUUUUUGCUGCAUUUGGUUGCAGAAAACAUUCACCAACUGCUGCUUUCCAAAUAAAUUAUAGUAACCAGAGCAACAUGUAGAGGAAAAAGAUUCAAGUUUAAAAUGUUAACAGACUUAAUUAUUUUAAUCUAACAUUUUAAUAAACAGUAAAGUCAUAAAAGGUGCCAAAAUUAACUCCUUAAAACUUGCAAAUAUUUGAUUGUUGCCUUUUUUGUAAAUAUGAAUCCGUUUUUUUUUUUUUUUGAGAAUUUAUCAGUUUGUGAGCCUUUUAUAACACCUGAUUAAAAUAGACAAAUACUUGAUUACAUUUAGGAAUAUAUUUUGUAUUUUAAUCAGGUAAAUAUAGUUAGUCAUUUUUUCUGAUGUAUUUAACAGUAAACAAAUUUACACAAAUAUUUGUUUUCCUCUUAUUUGUCAUAAAUGCCAAAUAAAAAACAGAUU